AUGGCUGCUGUGAACGAACUUGCUGAUCUGUUGCAGGCGCACGCUAAUAGGGAUAAGGUGGUAAACUUAGCAUGCUACGCUCUGAAGCUAUGGGGCUCUACAGCCAAGCGUCAGGACCUGCUGUCAGCGAGCGCGCGACUGGCGGCUGCGCGAGCCUGCCUGCGACUCUUCGACGACGCUAUGGCUCUCAAAACUGCACUCGCUUACGGAUUUGGAACGAAAGACGGUUCAUUUUGGGGUACUCUGGGCGUGGCAGGCAGUGCAUUUACCCUGGCAUACCUCCAGGCUGAAAAGCUAUCGUUCCUCAUAGACACAGGCAUGCUCCACGUGUCCAAGGACACGGAGUUCAGAAUCCGGACGGCGCACAAACUGUUCUGGUCGCUGUCGGCAUUUGUCGGCUUCCUCAGGUUCGUUAGAGCUAGAUUUAAAAAGUUACAAAAGAAUUUAUUUGUUUUAUACCUUAUUUGA